GAUUCCAGUCGAGUUUACAAGGAGAGAAAUAUCUGAGGACACACUUUACUGAACCCGGGUCGAACAGACGGACCUCCUAAAGUCCUUUAUUUUAUUUUAUUAAUACAUUCAACAACUAACAACCUCCAGAGGCAGACAUUUUGGAUCAGACCGUCAGCUGCUGUGACUGUGGAUCAUCAGCUGGGACGGGAAUGGCUCGGCCGAGGAAGAAAACCUCUCCGGGGUGUUUAGCAUGAGGCUCUGCGGAGGGAAACGGCUGGACGACAACACUGAAAACUACAUUAAUAACAACAACAACAACAACAACAACAACAACAACAACAACAAGGAGAAGAAGAAACAGAGAAGCAGAAGGGGGAGUACCGUGGUGUGUGUGAGAGCUGCCCGGUGACAUUUAAAUUCCACCAGAAGAAGAAGAAGAAAAAGAAAACGAUGGGAGGAAGAGUGGAGCUGCUGCUGGAGAUCUGCUGCCUGCUGCUGCUGAGCGGAAACUCACACUGCAGAGACUCCCAGCAGACAGAACACCUCUCCUCCUAUCAGCUGACCGUCCCUCGACCAAUUGGAGGCAGGCUGAGGCGGGACGUGGACGGACCUCCCAAUCAGGUCUCGUACGUCAUCAGUGUGGACGGGAGUGAUCACGUCGUUCGUCUGGAGAGAAACGACCUGCUGCUUCCUGCAGACUUCACUGUGUUCACCUACAGCAAGAACGGAUCACUGAUCACAUCCAGACCACCUGUACAGAAUCACUGUCACUAUCAGGGCUUCGUUCAGGACAUGGAGGGUUCCUCUGUCGCUAUGAGCGUCUGCAACGGCCUCAGAGGAGUGUUGCACCUCGCUGACGACAGUUACGGUAUCGAGCCGUUAGACUCCGCCCCCGAGCAGCACCUGGUGUACCGCCUACAGGAUGUGACAUCACAGCCCCGUGGAUGUGGAACGCCACAUGAGGAUGAGCACGAACACAACAACAGCACCGAGCACGCUCAGUACAAACAAGAGGACAUCCACCACAGACAGCACAGCAGGAUGAAGCGAGCUAUUCUUCAUCAGACUCAUUAUGUGGAGCUGCUGCUGGUGGUCGACAAUGACAGGUAUAAUUAUAUGAACAGAAACGAGACCGCAGUGAGGGACGAGAUGGUUCAUCUGGCAAACUUUAUCGACAGCAUCUACAUUCAGCUGAACGUUCGAGUGGUCCUGGUCGGUCUGGAGAUCUGGACUCAGCAGAACCCGAUCAGCACCGACGGAGGAGCCGGAGAAGUCCUGAGUCGCUUCACCCAGUGGAGAGAGAAAGAGCUGGUCAGCCGUCGCCGCCACGACUCGGCACAACUCAUCCUGAAGAAGGCUUUUGGAGGAACAGCAGGGAUGGCCUUCGUCUCCACAGUCUGCUCCAGGAGCCACGGGGGCCGGAUCAAUGCGUUCACCAACAACAACAUCCCCUCGUUCGCCUCCAUCGUGGCUCAUGAGCUCGGUCACAACCUCGGCAUGAACCACGACGACGGGCGCUCCUGCACAUGCCCAGUCCCCGCCUGCAUCAUGAACUCUGGAGCCACAGGAUCCAGGAACUUCAGCAGCUGUAGUGCAGACGACUUUGAGAAGAUGAUUUUGUUGACGGGAGGAACGUGUCUCCUGAACGUCCCUCGCCCCGAUGAGGCCUACAGCGCCCCCUACUGUGGAAACAGACUGGUGGACAUGGGGGAGGAGUGCGACUGUGGGUCACAGAAGGAGUGUGAGGAGGACCCCUGCUGUGAGUAUAAGACCUGUAAGCUGAAGCCUGGAGCUCAGUGUGCUUACGGAGAGUGCUGCUCCAAGUGUCAGUACCUGCCAGGUGGAACAGUGUGUCGGUCAAGUACAGACGAGUGUGAUCUCCCUGAGUACUGUAACGGCUCCUCGUCCCUCUGUCAGAGUGACGUCUUCAUACAGAACGGGCAGCUGUGUAAGAACCAGCAGGCUUACUGUUACAACGGGAAGUGUCGGCACUAUGACGGACAGUGUCAGGCCAUAUUCGGCUCCAAGGCGAAGGCGGCUCCUGAAAUCUGUUUUAAAGAUGUCAACAGUAAAGGAGAUCGCUUCGGCAACUGUGGCUACCACAACUACGGCUACAAGAAGUGUGAGAGCAGAAACGCUCUGUGCGGGAAGCUGCAGUGCUCUAAUGUUCAGGCGGUGACCGUGUUCGGCAUCGAACCGUCGAUCAUCAGCACGCCGAUCACCGGAGGCAAAUGUUACGGAGUGGACUUCAUGCUGGGAUCAGACGUCCCCGAUCCGGGCAUGGUGAACGAGGGAACCAAGUGUGGAGACAACAAGGUCUGUAUGAACUUUGAGUGUCGCAGCGCCGACAUCCUGAACUACGACUGUGACGUAGAGAAGAAAUGUAACGGACACGGGAGGUGUAACAGCAAUAAGAACUGUCACUGUGACGACGGCUGGGAAGCUCCUUUCUGUGAGCUCAAAGGUUAUGGUGGCAGCGUGGACAGCGGACCCACCUGGAACGAUAAGGACACGUCUCUCAGGGACGGUCUGUUGGUCUUCUUCUUCUUCAUUCUUCCUCUGCUCGGUCUGGGCGCGUUUGCUUUCCUGCGCAGAAAAGAGCUGCUGCGGCGAUUCGGAGUGAGCCGAAGGAAGAGAUCGCAAGGAUACCAGGCUGACGGUGCAGCUUCGGCCAAUCCCAGCAGAGGACCGCCUCCAAGAGUGCAGCCUCCAUCUGUUCCCCGGGGCAACGGAAACAACUAUGUCAGAGACGGGAACCACACUCAGCUCCUGCCACCACAGGAGGUGGUGGAGACCAGCAGGACUGCUCCGUCCUACUCUUUGAGGCCUCCUCCUCCUCCAGUAAAACCGAAACCUUCUGCUGCAGCCCAGCCUCUGGUGCCUCAAAGACCCGCCCCUGCUCCCCCUGUUUAACCAAUGUGAUGGGCCCCGCCCACCCACCACACCUGGGUGACACCCCCCCUCCUCUUCCUCCGAUUCUUCUCCUCUUUUUACUCCACCUCAGUACCUACUCACUCAGUGCUGGUUAUCUAGAAUGAGCCAGGACAUAAUUCCUGGAGCCAAGACUGCCGGUCUAAGAUCCGGACAACGCCACUGGACGGGGAAAUCUACGCAAACAAACAGGAACACUGCGGCACUGAACUGAAGCAGCAACUGUUCUCUGCAGUCUGUCCUUUUUUUCUUUCUUUAUUUGAAGUGCAAAUCUCUACGUCUACAGGCGACACAGUGACUAUCUGUCACCAAACCAGCCAAUCAUAUUUACAGAAGACAUAUUUACAGUGAAGCCCAAACGCAAAGAAUGAAUCAGCCUCAGACAUGUUUUUAUCUCUGCUGUGAAAAGAUGUUUCAUUUCACUCCCCCGUCCUCUUAAUCAAAAUACGACCAAGCCAUUUAUCUCACUGGCUCACCUGUGGGGGCAAACAGGAGUUAAAGGUGCACAGCCAUAGCUAAUGCUGGUUAGCUGCAACUUUCCCAAAAUAACAUUUUACUGUAAAUGAUCACUAUUGCUAGUUUGCUAACCAAUAAGAUUUUGUCAAUGGAAAUGUAAACAUGUCUCAAGGUAGCCAAAUGCCUGGUCAUCUAAUUAGUGACGCGCAUGAAUGGAUGAACGAGAUUCCCACUGUCCCUACAUACAGCCACAGCCAAGAGAAGAGCCCUGAGGUGGCUCUCGCUUCUGUUGUCAUGCGCUCGGCCCAGCCCGGGCGUGACCCGCUCCAGGGAAAAGUGGCAGGUGGGGAGUUUGACUGGGGCGGUACACCCGUCAAAGGGUAACACAGGUGUCCCAAGGCGAGCUCAGGGAGGACAGAAACCUCCCGUGGAGCAGAAGGGCUUCAUUCUCAGUAUGAAUACAGACCGUGAAAGCGAGGCUUCACGAUCCUUCUGACUUUGUGGGUUUUAAGCAGGAGGUGUCAGAAAAAGUAACCACAGGGAUAACUGGCUUGUGGCGUUCAUAGUGACGUCUCUUUUGAUCCUUCGAUGUCGGCUCUUCCUGUCAUUGUGAACCAGAAUUCACCAAACGUUGGAUCGUUCACCCACUGAUAGGGAACGUGAGCUGGGCUAAAAUCCAGCUGAAAGGGUUGUAAAUAUGUCAAGGCUAACUCAGCGCUGUAAUGAACAAAUGCAUUCUGCUCAGAGGAGCUUCACUCUGAUUGGCUGGUUUUAGGACAGAGGUCCCUGGAGGCGGGGCUUGCACACCUGUUUCUUACUUUCUUUCUUUCUGUCUCUGGAUGAAAGCACUGGUGCCGUCUGGAUUGCACUUUCUUCUGCUCAGCACUGUCACAGGAAUGUAACGCACCCCGGCUGCUGUGUGCGGGUGCGCUUGAUCUCCAUCACCUUGUUCGCCCCGGCACUCUCUCUCUCUCUCUCUUUCUGCAGAAUUGUAAAAACACAGUAUGCAACAACGUGUGAGUGCAGAACUCUCUCUGCUCUGGAUCUGUGGUACUUUGAUGCUUUUGGUUCUGCUGGCUGACGUCUCUGCAGGGAAUGAACGCGCUCAUCUCUUAUUUUUUACCACAAAGAAACUCUCCCCUGAGAGACUUCAACACUGUUAAACCUUAAUGAUGUAUCACCGGCCCACAGCUUUCAUUAGAAGGUUGGUAAGAGGCCUUAUGGGAAAUAUAGAAAUCAACUCAAGUAGGUCUGAGUUGCUGUUUUGCAGGUUUUGGUCGGCCUCUUUGCCACCAGGCUGGACGGAAAUCCCCUGGGUACUUAUGGGGGGUUGGGCGUUCAAAUGAUGUUUAAACUGCUGCUCUUAGAAGAAAAUCUGUUACAGUGUUGAAGUGACUAAAGGUGGAAAUGAUCCGUUCAACUCUCAGCUACAUGGAACAUCUGCUCUAAAGUCCUGAAAGCAUCCAGACUCUGCACACCAACGUGACCUGAAUGUGAGAAACUGAACAAACUUCUCUAAACAUGCACGACAUAGGAUAGUACUUUAUUGAUCCCCAGAGGGGACAUUCAGGCGUUGCAGCAGCACAGACAAGUAAGGUGACAUUCAGGACGUUAAACUUCCCUCUUUGCUUGGCAACCAGCAUCAAAGUCACUCGACACCAGGAGUGAUCCAGGGAUUUUUACUCACCAAGAAAACCAAAUGUUUCUGUUGGACCUGGCUUCUUUUGCUGUUCAUGGACUGUUAGCAUUGCUAGCAUUUUUAGCCAGUGAACAGCACCCUGCAGUUAUUGAACCUGGAUGCACUGCGUGUGAGAGGAGAACGUCAUGUUUUUUUGUUUUUUUUAUCUCCUUUAGUAUAUUUUAAAUUAGAGGUGUGGGGUGUUUUUUGCACAGAAAUCAUUGAACAUGAGGAAUCGACUGAGGAUUUAAGUAUCUUAUAGGGCUAACUCUGUGCCAUUUGAUCAUUUUCAUGCCAAAAAUUAUAAAUCAGUGUUUCCCCAACAUUGUUAUUCUUUAAAGAAAAGAGAACUCUGGAGGACAGACUGUUCGGUCUGAGGUUAUUUAGAGACUGAGAGCAGCUGGGGCCGGAGCUCACAAGACAUCUGACACAAGACUGACAAGAGCAUCGAGUUACAGCCAGCCAAAGGUUUCUGCUGCUGCUGAUGUUAAAGCCUGAAUAAGUCUGGAGAAAUUCCACAUUUUCCUUAAAAUCAGCAAAUCCCAUGUGCAGAUCAAACUAACACUGCUGUGGGCAUUAAAGCUGAGAGCCACAGACGAGCGGUCAGACACCAUUGAAAGAUGUGAAGUCGUCAGAAUUUGUGAUACUCUGAUAUUUCUGAUGUCUUUAAACGAUACAAUCUCAGUUAUUUUAAUGAUUGAUUUUAUCAAAAUGGACAGAAGCUUAAAAAAUAUACAUAUUUCAUUGGACAGGUGCACAAAGGAGAGGAAUCAAUCCAUUGAAAAUUGCAGGAAAACUUUUGAACUCUGCCUAAUCUAGACAUUGUGCAGGAGGUUAGCUGCCAUUUUUGAUUAUUUAAAACAAGAAAUGAACCACUAUUUGCUGCCUAGGACUUCUAUUUUUGUUGCCGUGGUAUUAAAAACAAGUUUUACUGGUAUCGUAUCAAAGAUUAAAGUCCUGGUAUCAUGACAACACUCACACAUUCAACCUAUAAUUCAGUGGACUCCUUCUCUCAGGCAGGAUCCAAAGAAAGUUCGGAGCACAUGAAUCACCUCAUGCAAAUUUUAUUUGGCGCAAAUUUCUUUGCACCAUAAUGCAUUUGCCUCUCUGCUCCAGGACUUUCUUUGGCUCCUGCCCGUGUGAAGGAGUCCACUGAAUUAUAUUUAAAAUGUCUAAGGUCCCUCUCUUUAGAGCACCGACCUCCAUUUGUGGAGCAGCUGAAGCGCAGGAGUUUCCUUCUACAUUACUCACACGAUGUUGUUUGGGUCUGCACAUAAGAUUCGUUUUUAACAAUAUAUAAAAUAUUGCCAGACUGCUCCUUUACACUGCAGAUGUCUCGUUUGUAUUCAGCUAAUGGUUUGAAGGUGGAAGAUAACUUGUGAGGAAACCGACUCCACAGCAGAGAUGCCCUGAGUUCAGUCUGUCAGGCAGGAGGCCGCAAACUACAGGUAGAUAAGGAUGUACAACAUGGAUGUAUUAUUAAGAUCUGGAUAUGACACAAACGAUCAGGUUUGCGUUAACGGGGCACUCUGGUCUCGGGUACGUCUUGCUCUCGAUUAGUGUGGUCUUGAUUAUAACACUACAUCCAUGUUGUGAAAACAGCCUGAGAGGUCAAACUCAGGGCAGGAAAGUCAGGAUUAAAAGGAAACCUCCAGAUUGCAGAUAUAUUUAUGCUCAACCUGUGUGUACUGUAUGUGUACCACGGCAUGUCUGAUUGAUAGACAGGCGUUGCCAUGGUUACACAGAGAAUCUCAUCACCUUUUUCUAUUUUAAUAAAUGAUUUUAUAUAGGAUUUUUGUUUUAUCUUUUUUUUUCUUUGCAAAUGUAAACAUGUUAUCUGUGGUAACGCAAAAAACCUUUCAACAGAAUUGAAUUAUUAAAUAUUGCUGUGUCAUGUGAAA